AUGAGCAAGGAGGCGCCACUGGCAGUCCAUCCACACUUCUUACUUUUUGCCGUAGGAGGAUGAGAAUUUGGGUGCAGUUUCGCAUCAACGUUGCGUUGCGAUUCGAUUAUCGUGUCCAGUGGUUCUUCCACUCGAAUUUUACAUUCCGGCGUCAUAAAUUUGACGAACCCUAGUUCCUAUAUAGGGCAGGUUGUGAUUAUUGCGCGGAUGGCGUUGGCGAUGGCUGGUUUGUACAGGCGUGUUCUCCCUUCACCUCCUGCUAUUGAUUUUGCUUCGUGUGAAGGCAAGAAACUUUUCACAGAGGCCAUGCAUAGUGGAACUAUGGAAGCCUUUUUCAAGUUAAUUUCUUAUUUCCAGACACAAUCUGAGCCUGCAUAUUGUGGUUUAGCUAGUCUCUCAAUGGUGUUGAAUGCCCUUUCCAUUGAUCCUGGUAGAAAGUGGAAAGGGCCUUGGAGAUGGUUCGAUGAAAAUAUGUUGGAUUGUUGUGAGCCACUGGAAAAGGUUAAAGAUAAAGGCAUCUCAUUUGGGAAAGUCGUAUGCUUGGCACAUUGUGCUGGUGCUAAUGUCAAAGCUUUCCGCGCAAAUCAAAGCAGUUUAGAUGAUUUUCGGAAGUUUAUAUUGGCGUGCUCCUCUUCAGAUGAUUGCCAUGUGAUCUCAUCUUACCACCGAGGGGCUUUUAAUCAGACAGGAACGGGUCAUUUUUCACCCAUUGGUGGAUAUCAUGCUGAAAAGGAUAUGGCAUUGAUUCUUGAUGUUGCAAGGUUUAAGUACCCUCCUCACUGGGUUCCAGUUGGCCUUCUUUGGGAGGCAAUGAACACCAUAGAUGAAUCAACAGGAUUACAUCGAGGAUUCAUGCUUGUGUCAAGGCGUGAAAGUUCACCAGGUUUGCUUUACACCCUGAGCUGCAAACAUGACAGUUGGAUCACUACAGCCAAAUAUUUGAUGGAUGAGGUUCCUGUGUUGUUAAGUUCAAACAAUUUGAAGGAUGUCAACAGCGUGUUCUCAGCUGUUUUCACAUCUCUACCCUCAGAUUUUUCUGAGUUCAUUAAGUGGGUAGCAGAGAUUCGAAGGAAAGAGGACAAUAGUCAAGGUUUAAGUGAAGAAGAACAAGGGAGGCUUGCGAUGAAGGAGGAGGUAUUGAAGCAAGUGCAAGAAACGGGUCUGUACAAGCACAUAACCAGCAUCUUGUCGUCUUCAGACAGCCUUGCCUUAAGAAGCGGUAAACAAUCUUUGUCACAGAGUGAUAGUUUUGCUAAUAUGGCGGCCAACAUAUGCUGCCAGGGUGCAGGCAUUUUGACAAACAAUUCUGGUGACAAGUAUUGUUGCUUGGAGACAUGCGUGAGAUGUUACAGAGCUACUAGCGAUGACAAACAUGUUACAGUCGUAUCGGGGAUGGUGGUGAAUGGUAAUGGAAAGCAAGGGGUUGAUGUACUAGUACCUUCAUCUUCAUCUUCAUCGGAAAGCUGCUGUAAUCAUGAUAAGCCAUCAGGUGGCCUACUGCACCCGGCGAGCAAUGACGUGUUGACGGCCCUUUUACUGGCAUUGCCUCCACACACAUGGUAUGGGAUAAAAGAGAAGAGGGUAUUGGAGGAGAUAUCUUGCUUGGUAUCUGCAGAGAACCUUCCUUCGUUGCUACAAGAAGAGAUAAUGCAUUUGCGGGGGCAACUAGUAAUGCUAAAACGGUGCAAAGAGGACAAAGUAGAAGAGGAUCUCAGCGCACCCCAACUCUGAUUCUGACUGGUUGCUGGUGUACUGUACAUUAUUAUUAACAUGAUGCCUCACUGCCUUAUUCAAAUCAUUCUUGAAAUGUGCAUAUAUUACUAUGUUGUUCUGUCCUAAUCUGAAUAUUACUAAACCAAUUACUAGUAUUAAUUAGUUUUAAGAUUAUUUAAUUUGAUA